UAGAGAGAGAGAGCACACAGCGUUCUAUUUCCUAUAGCCCAACAGCUGCUGGGCCGAGGUUUCUGUGUUGAGUGCAGAGAGACACUGAGUGAGCAAGCGGAGGGGGAGAGAGAGAGAGAGAGAGAGAGAGAGAGAGAGAGAGAGAGAGAGAGAGAGAGAGAGAGAGAGAGAGAAAGAGAGAGAGAGAGAGGCUGUGUUAAGGAGAAUCCGUAGCCCUCUGGCUCACAAGGAUAAAGGAUUGCAGAAAGGAAGAGAGGGAAAAAAGCACUCCCUCUCUUUACCUACCAGAGGUUUUGUGUUUAUUUUUCUUUGUCCCUCUCUAAAUUUGUUUUAUCCAUCCUUCUUUCAUCUCGGUUCCGGCGGAAGGAGGAACAGCACAACCCGGAGACGCUCUACAGCACGUUCAGCCGGUGGUGGAACUUGAUGCUGUCGUGUGGGUGUUGAGCUGAGAGGCCCUGGUUGAUGCAGUGAAGAGCUCUAUAAGGACAAACACGAGAAACGGAUACGGAAUAACAGAUCACGGCAGAGAAGAGAAGGAGGGAAGAGAGGAAGAGGGAGAGGAAAGAGGGAAGUGACAUACAGACAGAGUGCAGAUAGCAACAUUUGACUGGUGUGAAGUCCAGGUUGCAGCCAUGGGGAACCUCAUUAAGGUCCUUGGCAAGGAUUUAGAAAACUGUCCACAUUUUUUCCUGGACUUUGAAAGAGACUCAUGGGUAACCUCCUGAAAGUGCUGGCUUGCUCCGAACUAGAGCAUGGCCCAAUAGUUUUCCUUGACUUUGAACAUGCCCAGCCUACGGAGGCAGAGACGGCGGUAUGGAACCAGGUCAGUGCUGUCCUGGAGGAGGCCCACGGCAUCCUGGCUGAACUACAAUCAUACAACGGGGCGGGACAGGAGAUACGAGAGGCCAUCCAGAACCCAGGUGAUCUGCAGUUACAGGAGAAGGCCUGGAACGCAGUCUGCCCCCUGGUGGCCAAGCUCAAACGCUUCUACGAGUUCUCCCUCCGACUGGAAAAUGCCCUGCGUAGCCUGUUGGAGGCGCUGACGAGCCCUCCCUACGCUCCCAUGCAGCACCUAGAGAGAGAACAGGCCCUGGCCAAACAGUUCGCUGAGAUACUCCACUUCACCCUCAGCUUCGACGAACUAAAAAUGACAAACCCAGCCAUUCAGAAUGACUUCAGCUACUACAGGAGGACAAUCAGUAGAAACAGGCUGAACAACCAGCAGUUGGAGGCAGAGAACGAGGUGAACAAUGAGAUGGCCAAUCGGAUGUCUCUGUUCUACGCCGAGGCCACGCCCAUGCUGAAGACCCUGAGUAACGCCACCACCAAGUUUGUGUCAGAGAAUAAGACCUUACCCAUUGAAGACACCACAGACUGUCUGAGCACCAUGGCCUGUGUGUGUCGCGUCAUGCUGGAGACCCCUGAGUACCGUUGUAGGUUCACCAACACAGACACCAUGUUGUUCUGUAUGAGGGUGAUGGUGGGAGUGAUCAUUCUGUACGACCAUGUCCACCCUGUAGGAGCCUUUGCCAAGACCUCCAAAAUAGACAUGAAGGGCUGCAUCAAGGUGCUGAAAGAACAGCCUUCCAACAGUGUGGAGGGACUAUUGAACGCACUGAGGUAUACGACCCGACAUCUAAACGACGACAGCACCUCCAAACAAAUCAGGGCUCUUCUCCAAUGAGAGUGAGAGGAGCAGAGAGAGGGAAGGAAGAUGAGAUAGCGAACACGGAGGGAGAUGAAGAAGAACGAGGGGUGAACAAACUGUGGUGCUGAAUCCUGUUUGUUUACAAGAAUGAAAAGCAAAAUGAUCCGGUCUGAUAAGAAGCGCUGAUGAAAAGAACAAGUCUAUGUGUUGCUCAUCAUUCUGUCUCCCAUUUUGUAAAAAAGAAAAUGAAGGAAGAGAAACUAUAGAGAUAUAUAUUAAAGAGAAAAAUAGCAAAAAUAAAUAAAUAAACAAGUGUUACAAGAUGGAAAUAAGACUAAAGAAGAAGAAAAACAAGGAAAAAGCUAUAUUAAUGAGACUAAAGAAGAAGAACAAGGAAAAAGCUAUAUUAAUGAGACUAAAGAAGAAGAAAAACAAGGAAAAAGCUAUAUUAAUGAGACUAAAGAAGAAGAAAAACAAGGAAAAAGCUAUAUUAAUGAGACUAAAGAAGAAGAAGAAGGAAAAAGCUAUAUUAGAAAAUCUACAGUCAGUAAACUAAACUAAAAAAGAAAACGACUGAAAAUAAACACAAAAAGAUUAAUAUUCCGUACAACAACGUUAUUCUGAAAAAUAUUUUUGCACUGGUGUAGAAUAUAAACAACGCUGUCUGUUAGUCUCGAAGUAGCCACUGUAAAGAUUUAAACCAGGCUCCAUUACAAACAUUAAAGAAUAAGACUGGGAAUGACAAAUCGGCCUGAUUCCAAACCAAUAGCUUGUCCCUUUCCAAAAGUCCUGCCUCCUCCAAUCUAAAAGGACUUGGAGUUAUAUGCAGUACAAAUCCAAACAAGCUGUCAGGUAGCCAACAAGGUCCUAGGGAUCGGGAUGAGGUAUUGGUUUGGGACUGGGCACCUGUGUAGAUUAGGCUCAGUCUCUGCAUUGAGGGUCCAUCCCAAUCGUCUAAAGGGGCUUCCUCCACUCCUCAGCCUCUCCUCAUUUCCUCUCCUUCAUCUGCACUGAACUGAAACAGGUGUUACGUUAAUGUGAUGGAUACAAACCAGAAAUGAGUCACUUUGCAGAUGAAGGAAAGUCAGAAAGGAGACAUGGAGGGAAAUCUAUUUUUAGCGUAUUGAGAUGCACCCAGACACUCCAUGUUGAUUUCCUCAUCAUACAACCACUCCUAUUGAUCCUAACCCCACCCCCUCCCAUCCACUUGCAUCGUAACCAUGGGAGCUGUGCGUGUUCUUGGCACUAGUAUGUAAUGUUACGCCGUAAAUGGAGUCUGUGAUUCGGACCUCUUUAUGGUGCCAAAACCUUUUGAUGAUCCACAUUAAAGUUCAUGCAACUUUUCAUACAACAAGUGCCAAAACUACUGCAUCAUCAGAAGGUGAGGAUUGAGUUAAGGAGAUAGUGACUACAACAAGCCUUGUAACACUGCUUGAUAUCUCUCUUUAAGGGGUUAAGGAGAUAGUGACUGACUACUAGAUAUCUAUCUCUAGGGGGUUAAGGAGAUAGUGACUGACUACUAGAUAUCUCUCUUUAGGGGGUUAAGGAGAUAGUGACCGACUACUAGAUAUCUCUCUUUAGGGGGUUAAGGAGAUAGUGACUGACUACUAGAUAUCUCUCUUUAGGGGGUUAAGGAGAUAGUGACUGACUACUAGAUUUCUCUCUUUAGGGGGUUAAGGAGAUAGUGACUGACUACUAGAUAUCUAUCUCUAGGGGGUUAAGGAGAUAGUGACUGACUACUAGAUAUCUCUCUUUAGGGGGUUAAGGAGAUAGUGACUGACUACUAGAUAUCUCUCUUUAGGGGGUUAAGGAGAUAGUGACUGACUACUAGAUCUCUCUCUCUAAGGGGUUAUUUAAGGAGAUAUUGACCAUAAGCAUUUUGCUACACUCACAUCUACUAACCAUGUGUAUGUGACCAAUAUAAUUUGAUUGAAAACAUAAAGAGAAGGGCAGAGACAAGCCUAUCAGGGAGGGACUAAGGCAACAUCAUAAGAGGAUAGAUACAUGCAGACACACACACACACACACACACACACACACACACACACACACACACACACACACACACACACACACACACACACACAGAGGCAGAGUCAUUAGAUCACUCAGAGAUUCACAGUGUAAAUAAGUGAGCGAGCUGAGUAUUUUCUCAUCAGGCUCCUACAAGGCCAGCUCGGGUCCUCCAGAAUAAAAUACACAAAAACAAUAACAAGCGUGCUUCUGAUCCACUAGAGAGUUCUUCUUUUAGUAUGAGGCAAAUAAACAGUUAAGUCACUGAAUAAGUGGGUAUUGAAAAUAAAGAAUUUCAAAAGGA